UAUUUUUGGUAAUGAUUGGCGAUGACUUCAGAAACUGAAGAGAUCUGCAAACAAACUCUCACUUGAUUGACUGAGAAGUUGGGAUAUUUUAGACGUAAAGUCAACUUUCUGAGUUCUUAGGCAUUGUCUUUUUAAUCGGGAAUUAUUUCUUUCUUCUUUUUCCAAAAUAAAUAAAUAAAUAAAUAAAAAUAAUCGGUUGGAGUCAGAGACAAGAAGUGAAAGGUCACCACCAAUCACAGUCGAUUGUUUGUGAAUAUAAGUCUCACAGUUUCACCUCCGCAUUUCUGCAACAAAUCCCAGAAACUUUUUAUUACAAAUGGGGAAGUCCCACGUUGUUUUUUCUCUCCUUGUUUCACUUUUGUUCUUGCUUCAAGGAUCUUUAGUCAGUGCUGUAAGAACAGAUGAUGGAUCAGAAUCAUGGGGCUAUGUUGAAGUCAGGCCCAAAGCCCAUAUGUUUUGGUGGUAUUACAGAAGUCCACACAGAACUGAAGAUCCAAACAAGCCUUGGCCAAUCAUUCUUUGGCUGCAGGGUGGACCUGGUGCUUCUGGGGUUGGGAUUGGGAAUUUUGAGGAGGUUGGGCCUUUAGACACAUAUUUGAAGCCAAGAAACUCAACAUGGUUGACAAAAGCUGAUCUCCUCUUUGUGGAUAACCCAGUUGGGACUGGAUACAGUUUUGUGGAGGAUCUGGAAUUGUUGGUGAAAACUGAUUAUGAAGCUGCUCAGGAUUUAACCACACUUUUGAUUGAGAUUUUCAAUAGAAAUGAGACUCUCCAAAAAAGCCCUCUUUAUAUUGUGGCUGAAUCUUAUGGAGGCAAAUAUGCUGUCACUCUUGGAUUAUCUGCUCUCAAAGCUAUUCAAGCUGGGAAAUUAAAGCUCAAACUUGGAGGAAUCGCAUUGGGGGAUACCUGGAUUUCACCAGAAGAUUUUGUGUUUUCAUGGGGCCCUCUUCUAAAAGAUGUCUCAAGGCUGGACAAUAAUGGCUUCAAGAAAUCAAACAGUUUAGCUCAGCAAAUCAAGCAAGAACUUGAGACAGGCAAGUUUGUUGAGGCAACAGAAUCAUGGAGUGAUCUUGAAGAGGUGAUCAGUUCCAGCAGCAAUUCAGUGGAUUUCUACAACUUCUUGCUGGAUUCUUGGAUGGACCCUGUGUCCUUGUCAGCCUCUGAGCUAUCACAGCACAUCUCCAUUAGAAGAUACUCGAGGUAUCUGAACUCGUUGAGGCGGGAUACACCCGAUGGCGAUGGUGAUAUCGAUAAGCUAAUGAAUGGUGUGAUCAAGAAGAAGCUCAACAUACCUAAAAAUGUUGAAUGGGGAGGCCAAGCAGAUUCUGUUUUUGCAGCAUUGGAAGGAGACUUCAUGAAACCUAGGAUUGAUGAGGUGGAUGAGCUGCUGGCUAAAGGAGUCAAUCUCACUAUUUAUAGUGGUCAAUUAGAUGUCAUUUGCUCCACAAAGGGUACUGAAGCAUGGGUUGAAAAGCUCAAGUGGGAUGGGCUCAAAACUUUCUUAAGUAUGGAGAGAACACCAAUGUAUUGUGGGAAAGAGAAAAUAACAAAGGGUUUCACCAGAUCCUACAAGAAUUUGCAUUUCUAUUGGAUUCUUGGAGCUGGGCAUUUUGUACCGGUUGAUCAACCGUGUAUAGCAUUGAGCAUGAUAAGCAGCGUAACAAAAUCUCCCGCCGUUUCUAAAUAGAGGGUCCCACUAUUGAUUCUUAUACAUAGUUGAAAUUUGAAAACCUCAUUCAAGAAUUCAAUAAUUGGUAGAAAUGAUGAGAUAGGAAAAAUAAUAAUAGAAAAAUCCAUUUGUAAUUGCAAAUCUUUUAUUUGUAUUCUAUGAUUUUUUUCUUUUAGCAGUGAUGAGAAUUUAUUUUGAC